AUGAACAACGCGACUGCUGCGGUUGAGGCGAAUCGAAAGGUGGAUCGAUCAAGAGGCAUGAGGUGGAUUGAUGAAGACACUGUCCGAGUUAGAUUGUGUAUGUGUGUAAUGAGAUGGUUUGAUGAAGAGGCAUCACACAGGUUCAUGAGACAAAGAGCGUACGAUUGUUCAUACAGUCAACAAAAUGUUUCCUUUGGAAACUUUGAAGAAAGUGUUGAACUAUCUUCCUCUCAAGUUCCCUUUCUAGGCAGUAUAGGAACCCAAGAUUCAAACUUUGAUGGAGUCACGGGGGCAGAGCGUAGAGAACGGCGUAAAUGGACACCAACUGAUGAUAUUGUCCUGAUCAGCUCGUGGUUAAACACGAGCAAAGAUCCUGUGGUUGGCAACGAGCAAAAAUCUGGAACUUUUUGGAACAGAGUUGCUGCAUAUUUUGCGGCAAGUCCUCUAGUUGCUGCCUGCGAAGAAAGAGAAGGAGCCCAUUGCCAGCAUCGCUGGCACCGGAUCAAUGACAUCGUGUCCAAAUUCUGUGCUGCGUAUGAAGCUGCUACAAGAGAGAAAGCUAGCGGCCAGAAUGAGAAUGACGUUGUCAAACUUGCUCAUCAAAUUUUCUACAACAACCACAAGAACAAAUUCAAUCUAGAACACGCAUGGAAGGAACUACGCAACGACCAGAAGUGGUGUGAUCUCUUUACGGCUAAAAAGGAAGGGAGCUCGAAGAAGAGGAAAUGCGAGGAGGGUGCAGGGUCAGAGACCUCUGAAUCAACCGCCAACAAGCGUCCCCCGGGUGUGAAGGCCGCAAAGGCAAGUGGUAAGAAGAAGGUGGUAGACGAGGAUAAUCUGAACAAGUUUGAGACUAUGUGGACGAUAAAACAGGCGGAUUUGGCCUCGAAAGAGAGGUUGUCUAAGCUGAAUCUGCUUGACCGUCUACUAGGAAAAACAGAACCCCUUGCUGACUAUGAAGAAGAACUCAAGAAGAAGCUCAUAACUGAGUUGUUCUCAAAUUAA